CCACUCGGUAGGGAGCCCUGUCCGGCCGCUGGAGUUGAAGGAGGGGAUCUGACUCCGCAGCCCUGAAGCGCAUCAGCGACAGUCACAUCUCCAGUUAGGAUUCUUCCGCUCAUGACCUGUUGGAUCAGCCGGGAGGGAGAGUGGAGAGGGUUUGUCCGCCGCGGAGCUGGGAGGCGAGUUAUGGGGACCGCAGGGGGCUGGUUGGUGAGGGCACUGCUGCUACUGCUGCUGCCUGCUCCAGGGCUCUUCCAGACUUUACCUGAUGGGUGGAAACCAGGCGCUUACCAGAACACUGUGGCUGACAUUCAGAGAUUCUUGAGCGACUACAACAGCACCGCUGAGGAGGUGUUGUUCUCCAGCGUGUCUGCCAGCUGGGACUACAACACCAACCUGACGGACUACAACUCUCAGCAACAGGUGAAGGCAUCUCUGGUUGAGCAAGCUUUCACGGAAGAAUGGGGCAAAAAGGCCAAAACUGUCUUCACAAAAGCGAUAAUCGACACUCUUCCGGAUCCAAAGGACAAAAAGCUGUUGGGCAAGGUGAUGGUGUUGGGGGCUGCCAACCUGCCACAGAAAGAAAGAGAGGAGUACAACACCAUACUCAGCACUAUGGACAAUAUAUAUUCCACCGCCAAAGUGCACCCGCAGCCAAAUGUCAGCUGGAGUCUGGAACCUGAGCUGACUGACAUCAUGGCUACUUCGAGGAGCUACAAGCGGCUCCUGUAUGCGUGGGAGGGCUGGCACAACAAGUCAGGUGUGCCUCUCAAGAAGCAUUACCCGAGGUUUGUGGAGCUCAGCAACACUGCCUCCCAGGCUGACGGAUUCGCAGAUACGGGAGCAGACUGGCGGUCUUGGUACGAGACCGACAACUUUGAAGAAGUCAUUGAAGGACUUUAUAAGGAAAUUGAACCUCUCUAUAAGCACCUGCACGCCUUCGUCCGACGCCAGCUUUACAACCAGUACGGCUCCAAGUACAUCAACCUUAAAGGGCCCAUCCCAGCUCACCUGCUAGGAAACAUGUGGGCUCAGACCUGGAACAACAUCUACGGGCUGAUGAUUCCAUUUCCUGAACAUCCCAACCUCGACGUGACAGACAAAAUGGUCAAGAAAGGCUACAAUGCAACCCACAUGUUCCGUGUGUCUGAGGAGUUCUUCACCUCUCUGGGGUUGGAUAUGAUGCCUCAGGAGUUCUGGGAUGAGUCCAUGCUGGAGAAACCUGAAGGUCGGGAGGUGGUGUGUCACGCUUCUGCCUGGGACUUUUACAACCGGAAAGACUUCAGGAUCAAGCAAUGCACCACAGUGACCAUGGAGCAGCUCUUCACUGUCCAUCACGAAAUGGGACACAUCCAGUACUACCUGCAGUACAAGGACCAGCCUGUAGGCUUUCGCCGUGGAGCCAACCCUGGUUUCCACGAGGCCAUCGGCGAUGUUCUGUCUCUCUCUGUGUCCACCCCGAAUCACCUGCACACCAUUGGACUGCUGGAUUCUGUCGCCUCUAACAACGAAUCUGACAUUAACUACCUCCUCAAGAUGGCACUGGAGAAAAUUGCCUUUUUACCAUUUGGGUACCUGAUCGACCAGUGGAGGUGGAAUGUGUUCAGCGGCAGCACGCCCAGCGACCGCUACAACUCAGACUGGUGGUACCUCAGGACAAAAUACCAGGGUAUCUGCCCACCCACCAAACGAUCAGAGGAGCAUUUUGAUGCCGGAGCUAAAUACCACAUUCCUGGAAACACUCCAUACAUCAGGUACUUUGUCAGCUUCAUCCUUCAGUUCCAGUUUCACGAGAAACUGUGUGAAGCCGCCAAUCACACCGGACCCCUGCACACGUGCGACAUCUACAGCUCAAAAGAAGCAGGCGCCAUCUUAAAAAAAGUUCUUCAGGCAGGAUCUUCCAAGCCGUGGCCAGAAGUGCUCAUGGAAGCUUUGGGUACCAACAAGAUGGACGCUGGUUCUCUCAUGAAGUACUUUGAUCCGAUUAUUAAGUGGCUGGAAGAGCAAAAUGUGGACGAAACCCUCGGAUGGCCCGACUUUAACUGGGUUCCACCCAUCCCAGAGGGCUACCCUGGAGAUAUCGAUAAGAAUACAGACGAACUGCAUGCGAAGGAGUUCCUGAGCGAGUACAACACAACAGCAGAGGAGGUGUGGUACAACUACACUGAGGCCUCCUGGGCGUACAACACCGACAUCAAUGACAACAACCAGAAGGAAAUGCUCAAGAAGAGCCUGGAAAUGUCGGAGCACACGCUGAAAUACGGCCUCAUGGCUCGGCAGUACGACACCACCGACUUUCAGGACGACGGCGUCAAGCGCAUCGUGAAAAAGCUCAGUGAUAUUGACACGGCUGCUCUGCCUAAGGAUGAGCUGAAGGAGUUAAACGAUAUCCUGUCCAACAUGGAGACCAAGUACAGCGUGGCUAAGGUUUGCAAGGACAACGGCCAGUGUCAUCCACUCGACCCUGAUCUUCAGAAGAUCAUGGCUGAGUCCAGAGAUUAUGAUGAGCUGCUGUUUGCCUGGAAGGGAUGGAGGGAUUCUGCCGGCAAGGUCCUCCGUGAGGAUUACAAGAGAUACGUGGAACUGACCAAUAAAGCAGCUGUGCUCAAUGGUCACAGUGACAACGGUGCGUCCUGGCGCUCCAUGUACGACUCCACGACCUUUGAGCAGGACCUGGAGGCUCUGUGGAAGGAGCUGGAGCCGCUCUACCUAAACGUGCACGCCUAUGUGCGCAGGGCUCUGUAUAAAAAGUACGGCCCUGACAACAUCAACCUGAAAGGACCCAUUCCUGCUCACUUGCUUGGUAACAUGUGGGCACAAACGUGGUCUGGCAUUAUGGAUCUGGUCAUGCCGUACCCAGAUGCCACGCAGGUUGAUGCCACACCGGCGAUGGUGGCGCAGGGCUGGAAUGCCACCAGAAUGUUUCAAGAAUCCGACAACUUCUUCACCUCCCUGGGCCUCCUGCCGAUGCCAGAAGAGUUCUGGGAGAAGUCCAUGAUUGAGAAACCCUCGGACGGUCGCCAGGUUGUUUGUCACGCAUCAGCCUGGGACUUUUACAACCGAAAGGACUUCAGGAUCAAACAGUGCACUGUGAUCACCAUGGACGACCUGAUCACUGUGCAUCACGAGAUGGGCCACGUGCAGUACUUUCUGCAGUACAAAGACCAGCCGGUAACCUUCCGUACCGGUGCCAACCCGGGUUUCCACGAGGCCAUCGGGGACGUGCUGGCGCUCUCCGUGUCCACACCCAAACAUCUGAAGAGCAUCGGACUUCUGGAUAAAGUCGAGAAUAAUCGAGAGAGCGACAUCAACUUCCUCAUGAGCAUGGCACUGGACAAGAUCGCCUUUCUGCCGUUUGGAUACUUGAUGGACCAGUGGAGGUGGAAAGUGUUUGAUGGUCGAAUCCCGGCGACUGAAUACAACAAAGAAUGGUGGAAUCUCAGAAUGAAGUACCAGGGUCUGUGCCCGCCUGUGGCCCGGACCGAGGAGGACUUCGACCCUGGCGCCAAGUUCCACAUCCCUGCAAACGUGCCCUACGUCAGGUACUUUGUCAGCUUCAUCAUCCAGUUCCAGUUCCACCAAGCUCUGUGUAACGCUGCCAAGCAGACGGGGCCUCUGCACACCUGUGAUAUCUACCAGUCCAAGGAGGCAGGCAAGCUGCUGGGUGAUGUCAUGAAGCUGGGCUUCAGCAAACCUUGGCCCGAGGCCCUGACCAUGAUCACCGGUCAGCCCAAAAUGAGUGCCAAGCCUCUCAUGCUGUACUUCCAACCUCUCAUUGAAUGGCUGGAGAAGGAGAACCAAAACAACAACGAAGUCCUCGGCUGGCCGGAGUAUAACUGGACACCUAGCGGUAAAAGUACCGUAAACUUCCUGGGUCUGGAUGUGGACCAAACGUCUGCCAUGGUGGGUCAGUGGGUGCUGCUGGCCAUUGGUCUGGCCCUCCUCAUUGCCUGCAUUGUUCUGGUCGCCGUGUAUGUGAAGUCCAAGCGGUGUCAAAGGUCGUAUUCCACGAUGGAGCUCAAGUGAGGCGGCUGACCUCAUUAGUAUUGUUCAUCUCACCCUCGCCUGCCUUCAUCUUGUACAUUUUUUGUAAACUUUUAAAGUUCUGUUUGCCUAUGCAAAUGAUGAUGUUAGAUUUUUAUAAUUUAUUUGUGUUAAUGUUGAGGGAGGACUUGUUUGUAAAAUGUUUAGUUGUGUUUGCGUUUUGAAUAUCUGAUUGCUUUUGUUUUUCCUUGGGUGUACAUUUCUUGAAUAAAAACGUGUUUUAUG